CGCACUUCUGCCGCGUGCUUGCCCUCCUUGUCUUCGACCAGGAAGACCGGAGUCUGAUGGAGGCGGGCCAUGCCAUGCAGUCCUUGGAGAUCCUCCAGAUGCGCCGGGACCGGCUCUACCGCCCCAACCCCACCCUGGAUCGCAACCAAGCCCUCCU